AUGCCAUCACCACCCGUGAGCGAUAUCGCACGGCGCAUACAUGGAUGGUCAUGGCAGGCGUUCCCCAUUCUGAUGGGUACGAGCGCCGUAUAUAUGACGCUCUCGGACCUGAAGCACCAUCCUGCGUUCGUGUCAAACAUAGAGACGGUGUUUUUCUUCUUCAGCAUUAUUCUAUUUCUUGUCAACAUUGAUCCGAUACAAGGAAUAUUCGUUCCGUUGAUGGUCGUUUCUUUCGCUACCAUAGUUGUCGGCACCAUAGAUUACGACAUGAGUUACGGCCGCAUCAGCUCAAACCUAAUAUACGCCCUGUUCUGGAUAUACCUCGCCAUUGCGAUUGCAACGUGUUUUCCCAUGAUAAAAAUAACCUUCAGCAAGCCGCACGAACUGUCGAAUUUUGCACCAUCAUACGCGUUUCCAAUGCUUACUGGCCUGGUGUCAGCUAAUACUUUGAGGGUAAUCGAUGCGUCCGAUACAAGGGCUCUGGGCAUUUUGCUCGUAGGCUACGUUGUUCACGGUCUCGGGCUCUUCAUGGCUUUCUUCUAUCUUGCUAUAUACAUUCAUCGGUAUAUCGGGUUCAUGUCUGGCAAACAGUCAAAUGUCGCCUUCGUCGCGUGUAGUCCGCCAGGGUUUUCGGCGCUUACAUUAAUUAGCCUCGGCGAUCACGCAAGCCUCGCUGCUCGCGGAUACAUCACAGACAUCGCAGGCGACAUCUGGUAUUCAGCGAGCGUGAUGGCGAGCCUGCUGUUUUACGGUCUAGCGUUGUUUUUCUUCAUUUUGGGUGUUAUUUCCUACCGGUUCUCGUGCGAGCAUAUGGACGGUAUUCUUGACUGUUGGGCUCUGACAUUUCCGAAUGUGGGAUGGAUAAACGCUACACGUUCCCUAGGCGACAUUUUUCAAAUCCAGGGGUUCUUUACAUUCCACCUCGUUAUGACGAUCGUCAUGUGCAUUACAUGGCUGUUAUUAUUCACCUUCACGGUCAUCGCGUUCUUCCAAGGGAGGAUAUUGAAGUCGGGUGAAGAGGUUGAAGGAGAGGUAACGGAAGAGCGAAGCGCGCCCGGGUCAGUGAUCCCUUCUCAGGUUUCUACACAUUUCUCGGAGGUUUCCAGCCGAACACUAAUUACUGUGUGA